AUGUUUGGCCGAAAGACAGGGGGAACCAGCGAGUCCGGUAGCUUUUCCAAGCAUCCUUCGGGCAAAGUGUCGUUCAAAGCUCGAAGGUCUUUUCGAAGCCAUGUCGGUGGGAGGCGUGCAGAGAAGCCACCCAAGAAUCCACCAUCUCAUAGCAGUGCUUCAGGAGAUUCCAUCGUAGCUCUCAAUGUCGGUCCCGAGCGACGCCUCUUCGCCGCUCACGAGGAAAUCCUGGUCUCCUCGCCAUUCUUUGCUUCGUGGUGUCGAGGCCAGUCAGCCUCGCUGUUAAAGAACACGAAUGCGAUGGCAAAACAAAUGGACUUGCCGGACGAAGAUCCCGAAAUCUUCUCUGCCGUCCUCGAAUAUCUCUACAAAGGCGACUACUAUCCCCGCUUAGAAUACAAUGAGCGUAAACACACUUGGCAACUUGAAAAUUCAUCGGGCAAUGUCCAUGUGGAGGGCAAUGAGGAAAAUAUAGUGGAGCCUGUGAUAUAUCACCAUGGAUCAGAGGGUGUGGUGUCAGUGUUGAAAGAGACUGCUAUUUACUGUGCUGCCGAGAGAUUUGGCUUGGAAGGCCUAAAGCAACUUGCCUUGCGCAAGCAGGGCUUACAAUACGGAGUCUCGUGCAGCACCAUCCUCACUAGUGCUCGCUAUGCCUACGCGCAUACGCCUGACACGGACUCGAAACUUCGAGCACAUUACAUUGCCCUCAUCAUUCGCUCGCGCUCGACUUUCAAACGAAGCGGGACGAUGCAAAUGGAAAUGGAUAUGGGCGGGAAGCUCUUCUUCGAUCUCUUCGUGGCCAUGUGUAAUCACAUGGACGAUCUAGUUUCCAUGAGGUAG